CUCAUUUACAAGUCACUAAACGCCGCAAGAAAUCCUUUAUCCUAGAUCACUUUCGAUUUACCCUUGUCUCUUGCUGGGUUGAUUCACACAUAUCUGGGAAUAGGCUGUUCUUUUUGAAAGUAGGGGCUCCGAGGGGCCGCCAUUGGAAAGACUCGACACGACGUUCAUCGCAUGCUGCUAGUGGCCGAGUGAGCACGACCGACACGAUCGCAAGAUGCCUGUUUGCCAGCAUUUUUUGAAAGGCCGGUGUAAAUACGGAGACAGAUGCUACAAUGAGCACCCUGGCAGGCAAACGGUAGGCGGAAAUAAAUUCGCAGCUCUCUCCGGCGGUGGCGGCGGAGGAGGCGGCGGAGGCGGCGGAGGUGGAGGUAUAUACGGUGUCACUGCAGCAGAUAUCAAAGCAGACUUGACUCCAGGAAAGGGUCUUCCUGAAUGGAUCUUUUCAUGCUAUGGUCCUGGACGAGAUGCUCCGAGACAGCUAUUCGGAGGUCCCCAGCGAGAGCAAAGUUUCGAGGAACUCCGACUCCGUCACUAUGAACUAAUGGCGCAAGGAAAACCCCUCGAGAUAGCAGUCUCAGAAGCUCAGGGUCUACAUAACGAAGUACGGCACCAAAUCGAAGUCGCGCUCAAUGACCUGGACGGUGCUGUCAAGUAUGUCCUGGAUGGAGCCAAGGAGCAUCCGAACCGGAUCGACAUUGUGAAUAACAAGACCGGAUCGAAUUUCGGUGCCACGCCUAAGCUGUUUGGCGAGAUCAAGGGUCCAGCUCCCACAGGCCCAGCCUUCGGGGAGCCAGCAGUAUUGGGUGAUAACGCAUACGCAAAGCCAACUCUUGGUCCAGGAAUUGGUUUCGGUCAACCUACCCCUUUCACAAACCGUACAUCUGGCUUUGGUCAAUCGAGUGGUUUCAAUCAAGGAUCCGGGUUUGGGAAGCCAUCAUUUGGACAGCCUUCAACGACAGGGACUACAGCCUCACCGUUCAGUCAAGCAUCAAGCGGCUUUGGGGCGUCCGCAUCGACUCCUUCGCCAUUUGCGACGGUUGGACAAUCACAGACUGGUACGUCAGGGUUUGGACUUGCAUCGGCCUCGCCUUGGGUUCCUGCUCAGCAAUCGUCGAACCCGUUUGGUCAAGCAACCUCAUCCUCUGGGACCGCAAACCAACGACCAGCUGAGCCAGUCUUUGGCCAGUCUGGGUUCGCGCAGCUAGGCCAACAAGCACCUACUUCAAAGCCAGCGGCAGCUUCGGGUUUUGGAACAGCAUCAGCUCCUGGGUUCGGAACACCGUCAGCUCCUGGGUUUGGAGCACAGUCAGCUCCUGGGUUUGGGGCACCGUCAGCUCCUGGGUUUGGAGCACCGUCAGCUCCUGGGUUUGGGGCACCAUCGGCUCCUGGCUUUGGAUCACCAUCGGUUCCGGGCUUUGGCACAGCACCGGCAGCGGCAGCGCCUGGGUUUGGGACAGCACCAGCUUCCGGAGUUGGAACACCUUCAGCGCCGUCCGUUUCAAGGCUCGGGCCAGCAUCAACUCCGGCAGGUUCUGGGUUUGGGACACCAGCAGCAGCUACAGCGUCACCGGCUACUCCUACUGCAUCGUCCGGACCUGGCUCCAAUCCCGUCAUCAGGACGAAGGACCCCAGCGAGCUGAACCCAAUCCCACCAUUGCAUGGAGAAACAAUUCGUGAUCCCCGGACGAACCGGCUCACUAGCUGGAAGGGGCAACCUGUGCAAUAUAUCAAGGACGUACCCUGUUAUCGUCACCCUCAGGAUGGUGAAACUUGGGUUCGCAUCUUCUUCCCUGAUGGACCACCCGAUCAAGCAAGCUUGAGGGAUGCCCAGGCGCACCCCGAGGAAUAUACUUCCGAGGUGACUCAGCAGUACAGAUACUUCAUCACGAACGGGUGUUUCGAGGAUGGCGUUCUUCCGAGUGUGCCGCCCAAGACUGAGUGGGUGAGCUUCGACUUUUGAUGAAUAGAUAGUUUGGACGGAGCGAGUGUCAUGAUGAUCUACUUUUAAUUGUAAAUAGCUGCUUACUGAUCAUCUCCCCAGAUGAUCGGCGUCCAGGUUGGAACGGACUGGAUAGGAUUACUGGAUCACGAUUACAGCUUCAGACUACACAAGCACGAGGAUUUUUGAUACGCGUUUUUAAGAUUUUUCAUUUUCAUGCCAAG